AUGCACUUCUCACUUCUUCUUGCCGUCUUGCCCCUUCCCGCUCUGGCAGCUCUCAACGGCCGCUGCACUGGUAGCAAAGCCACGGGCAACUGGGGAGAGGAUGGCAUAUGCAUCUCCACCAGCACCUGUAGGAGCCACGGCGGAGAGUACAAGUCCGGCGCCUGCCCGUACGACCCGGAAAACAUCAAGUGCUGCGUGGUAGGAGUUUCGCCAGACGGCGACCAGAACCCCUGUGGGGGACUGUCGUGGUGCACAUGGACGGGCAAUGGAUGCUCGGGAAAUUGGAGAUCUGUCUGUCGAACAAACCGUCCAUCGCAGCUGCAGGUCAAUGGCCGGCUCGACGACAUCGACGAAGAAGAGCUCAACGAAGAAGAGAAAGCACUCCGGGGCUACCAAACCUUAUACCACGAGGUCGGCAUUGAUCCGAGCGAUUCGGUCGCAGAGUGCAAGAGGAACUUGAAGAAUAAGUUUAGGUAGGUAGGUAGUCAACAUUGUCGACCUCAUCC